GUUGCGUUUGCCUGCCUCCUUUCUGUAUGGCUAGGCGCCACCUGAGAUAACGCAAAUAAGAAAACAGCCGUGGACUCAAACAAAACAGGGCGUCAGAUCACGUGAGAUCAAAAGGGGAGGGGAGAAGAUAAACAAAACUGACCUGAUUUCUGUACAGUGGGAAAAAGCUGCAAGAAUAGGUAGGGUUCUAGAAUAAUUUCUACAUCUCCUCUUUUCCAACCUUCCAGAAAUGCCCUUCGUUAACACAGCUAUGUUGCAGAAUGUGAUAGGUUUGUGUGGGUGGCGGGAGGGAUGAUCAUAAGAAUGUGUAAGAAAAUUGAAAAUGAUACUUUUCGUUAUUUCCCCAGCUUCCUGUUAUUGUCAGGCGUUUCAUCCCUACUGCUACCACUACGACCGACUGUGCAGAGAUGAUUUAGUUGUCUCUUCAUGGAAAUUAUCAGGCUUUAAGACUAUAGCAGAGGAACAUGGAAAUUUUGGGGUGUCAUGUGGGGGUGGCAAAAGAAAGGGAAUCAGAGAAUUUUUUUUUUUACCAAACAAGUAUCUGUAUCCAGCAAGCAUUUAUUCCUUAAGUACUGUUUCCUAAAUUAUACUCAGUAGUGAUGUUCUCCUGUUUGUGGAUUUCCAUUGGUGGACACAUCCAGAGGGUUGUAUAACUGUUGACUGUUGUGAACAUUUGUAAAAUAACUGACUGUGAAAUUAGGAGAUAAUGAGGAGGAAAUUGUACAGUUUCUAGGGUUAGUGUGAAGACAGACAAGGCUCACUUAGACUAGAAAAUCACAUCCUUCUCUUUUGUCAGUUUCUCAAUGACCUCCAGCUGGUCUGUGGAUUCACUUAGGAGUCUUGGUCUACUUUAGAGAUGGAUACAGGAUGGGAACAUCUUCCUUUCAUGCCUUCUUUCUCGUCCUGCUCUAACACGUCAUUGUUAGUCUAUUUUUCAACUAGGGACUUACCCAGACAGUCACUGAAGAUGCCAGUGGUAGGCCCUAAGGGAGGAAAAGGGGGAACAGCUUUGAAGCUGAAUAAUGGAAGGAGAGGAAGACCAGGAAGGGAAAAGCUAGACAGACUGUCUGAGAAGGCCAGGGACCAAGGUUUGUAUCCAAAGAGCUUAGUUUCUCUAUCCUCUGUAUCUGUCUAUAGGUCUGCCAGAUCUGCUGCAGGACUUGUCGCCAAUGGAAGCAGAGAAAGGAGGAGAAAAUUCCUUCAGACAAGUACAGGUCCAACUUCAGUGACAGAUCUGAUGGCCUUGGAGUGGCUGAAGAGCACCACCCUCCACAGGCCUGCGCCCAAGCACAGCUAUCCUUUAUCUUGAGUGAGCUUCCUCAGCGUGCUGUUUAUAUGAUUGGCAGAAACUAUAGUUGGAAAGGGGCCUGAAUGACUCCUGGACUUUAUAUGAAAACACCUACUUGGGGCUGACUUUCGGGCAAGGCUGAGAUAGGGGCAUAUUUAGCAUUGUCUUUCUCUUGAACCAUGAUUGGCUCUAAAACUAAAAGGAAAGCUAGAGAAGAGUCGGGGGCUUCCUCAAAACCUGGAACCAAUAGCCCUGCCAAUGCUAAAGGAAAAGCCAAGAGUCAGACCAAUAAAGCAGUUAAGGCAGAACCAAAAGAAGAAUGGGGAAACCAGGCUGAGUCUAGGGAUCAAGCAGUGGCCAGGACACAGCCAGCAAGUUCCACUGAGCCCAAGACUGUGACAUGGAAAGUAAAAAAAAAGAAAGAUAAGACUAAUAGUAGAGUCAUGGCUCAGGCUAAGACGGAACUCCCGGCAGAGCCUGGUUUAGUACCUCACACCAAGUCAGAUGCUUUGUCUACAUCUGUGGUCAUUACUGUAACCAAGUCUGAAGUCAAGGUUGACACUGGAAUUGAGGCAUCGGUCAAGGGCUCUGCCAAAGCUACUGAUAAACGUAGUAUUAAGCACAAGUCUGAGACAAAGAAAGAGGUCUGUGUCAGACCCAGGGCUGGGGACAAGGCUAGUACUGUCAUCAACACCACUGAUGAGGAUGAAGAUUAUGUGUGUUCCUGGUUUUGGACUGGAGAAGAGCCUAGUGUAGGGUCCUGGUUCUGGCCUAAAGAAGAAAAUGCUCUUCAAGUUUAUCAGCCCCCACCAAAGGUUGAGGAAGAACCUGAACCCCCCGAUACAUUCGAUUUUACUUUAAAAAAAAAAGCUGCAGCAUGGUUAAGGGGCAGGUUUAUUGUCCUAGUCCCAAUUGAGGAACCCCAGCCGUCUUUACCUCCAGAAGGGAACUGGACUCUGGUUGCGACCUUAAUUGAAACUCCUCUGGGUAUUCGACCUUUGACCAAGAUUCCACCUUAUGGUGGACCUUACUUCCAGACUUUAGCUGAUUUAAAAAACCAGAUCCGGGAAAAAGAAAAGUAUGGACCUAAUCCAAAGACCUGCCGCUGUAAAUCACGUACCUUUAGUUUAGAGCCUGUUGAGUUUGAAAAACUUGUUGCCCUACUUAAGUUAACUAGGGAUCCGUUUAUUCAUGAGAUAGCUACAAUGAUAAUGGGCAUCAGUCCUGCUUACCCAUUCACUCAAGAUAUUGUCCAUGAUGUUGGUAUUACUGUUCUGAUUGAAAAUUUUGUCAAUAAUCCAAAUGCUAAAAAAUACCGUAGAAGUUUAGAUUUAAAUGCCAACCCUGAUGCCCCUGAAGAAGUGAAAGAGACUGAAGCACAUGUAAAUAAAGUUUGUAGGGACAUACUCUCUUGUCCUCUGAACUGCUCUGUGCAAGUGGAGGAACUAAAGCUGUUAGUGACCUUGAGUGUGAAAUUUGACUAUCACCACGUGGUUGUCUAUUAUGUUCGCUAUUUCAUGUCAUUGUUAAACAAAGGAAGUGUCAAAAUCAAGUUUCAGAUUUUAAGAGUUAUUCUGUGUUUGUCAAAAAAUCAAGCCAAUAUAAGAGAACUGAUCAGUGCUGAAGUACUGUCCUCACUGGUUGCUCUCUUUCACAAGAAUGAGUCAAAGGCUAAUAUUCUUCAUAUUAUUGAAAUAUUUGAGAAUAUAAAUUUCCAAUUCAAAAAAAGGGCAAAGCUAUUUACUAAGGAAAUGUUCACUAAAUCUGAACUUCUUUCCAUAUUCCAGGAGGCAAAAGAGUUUGACCAGAAACUCCAAGACUUAGCAGACCACAGUGACCCUGAUGUUAGAGAUAAAGUUGUCCGAUUACUACUCAAACUCUAAAUAGAUGUAUAUUCUCACAAAGCCUUGAACAUUUUUGUCUUUCCAGUAUAAAUUGAAUGCUUAUUAUAAUUAUAAAUUUGAUACUUAUGCUCUCUGUGUUGAGGGAGGCCAUUUUAUGGAUGCUAGUCAUCUUGAGAGAUUGAAUACUUGUUGGUUUUUUUUUUUGUGCUAUAUAAUAUAAAUUAAGGUAUUUUUGGAAUUUCUGUAAUGUAACCCAGUACUGAACCUAUUCGUUCUAAAUAAGAUAUAUUUCUGUGCAUUAUAUUGAUAUAAGUGUAUUUUCGUAUUCCAUUUAUGUGUUUUUAAUAAAGUUGCAUGCUAAACACAA